AAGUGUCAGCAAAGAAAACAUAGUUCAGCAGGAGCUCCACUAUCAAUUCCUCAGCAACCGUACCUGACCGGGUCUCAGAUUAGUUAUGUUUUGAUUUAGCUUAAGGGUCAAUGUCUGAAGAUGGUCAGAACCUCCCGAACCAUCAGCGUUUCCCAUCCGCCACUCCUUCUGUCAAAGAGCUGGAGCGUGUUUUGGACAGCUGCAGGAUGGAAUUAAAUCAUGUGGAUGAAGUGUGGCCUAACCUGUAUAUAGGUGAUAUCUUGAUUGCACAUGACAAGGAAGAACUGAGGAAACUUGGCAUCACCCAUGUACUGAAUGCUGCACAUUCCGCAUGGGAAAGUAAAGGAGACCAAGCUUUUUAUGGCCAGGAAAUCCAUUAUUGUGGAAUAGCUGCAGAAGAUUCAACUGAUUUUAACCUGCGUGUGCAUUUCUACCCUGCCUCAGAGUACAUUAAUAAAGCACUGAGUGCUCUGAACGGAAAGAUCUUAGUUCACUGUGUCCUUGGUAAAAGCAGAUCCGCCACCUUGGUGCUGGCUUACCUUAUGAUCUACCAUCACUUCUCACUGACUGAUGCUGUCCAACGUAUCGUCCAGCACCGAGCCGUUUCACCAAACCGAGGGUUCCUGAAACAGCUACAUAACCUAGAUGUUGAAUUGCGAGACAAGACAAACCUGUGUGAGCUCUUAUAA